AUGAAUAGAUUUUUAAAUAAAUCAACUUUAUUGUUGGUGAAUAAUAAUUUUAGAGUAACAGGAUCAAGAAGAUGUUAUAGUGGUGUUGGUAGUGGUGAUUCACUUAAUAAUACACAGCCAAUCAAGCAAGAGCAACAACACUAUGAUGUUGUGAUUGUUGGUGGUGGUUUGGUUGGCUCGUCGAUGGCGUGUGCUCUCGGAUCAACAGAGAGCACCAAACAUCUUCGCGUUGCACUGAUCGAGAGUGCACCGGUGCAGCCACUGUAUCCGUUGACUGCCGAGCCAGACCUUCGUACUCUCUCAUUCAAUCAUACGUCGGUGGGACUGUUCGAUGCGAUCGGUGCGUGGUCACUCAUCAAAGACACCAAGAGAACCGCUGCUUUCAAUCAGCUAAAGGUAUGGGAUGCCAGUGGCGGUGGUGGCAUACACUUCCAAGACAACACAGAGUCGAUGGGAUAUAUCUUGGAGAACAGGCUUGUUACAUCGGCAUUGCUAGAGGCAUCGAAACAGUACGAAUCUAUCACCAUAAAAUCACCUGCUUCCGUCAAGUCAGUUCAACUUCAAUCUACAACACAACAACAAACUACAGUUACACUUGCAAACAAUGAACAAUUAACAACUGAUUUAAUUAUUGCAGCAGAUGGAGGUAACUCUAUUAUAAAGAAGCAAUUGAAUCUAGAGAGUCUAGGAAAGAGUUACAACCAAAAAGCAGUUGUAUGUACAAUUAAAUUGGCACCAGGAUACCAAACAACAACUUUAUAUCAAAGAUUCUUACCGACUGGACCAAUCGCAAUGUUACCACUUGCAGAUGGAUAUGCAUCGAUUAUUUGGUCAACGAAUGUUGCACAUGCAAACUAUUUGUUGGAGUUGGACGACGAUAGCUUUAUGGUACAGAUGAAACACGCAUGGUUGUCAGGUGCAAAGACAAACGGUAACAACAGUAUUGUCGAUCUACUACACAAUGUGUUAAGUACGAAUCCAGAACGACUCUCGGGCAAUGAGAUUUCAAUUCCACCCAUCGAGAGAGUCUCUUCGAAGCGUGCAUCGUUCCCUCUGCGAUUGGAACACACUAAAUCAUAUACACAACGUGGACUAUGUCUGAUUGGCGAUGCUGCUCACGUAGUUCAUCCAAUGGCCGGCCAAGGUGUGAAUCUUGGAUUGGCCGAUGUCAUUGCACUCACACAGAUACUGUCGGAGGGUCAAGCCACCGGUUACAACGUUGGCAACGAGAUGAUGUUGGAGCGUUACCAAGAGAAUAGAAAACUAGAGAACAUCAAGAUGAUGGCAUCCAUAGACACACUGUUCCAUCUCUUUGGUAGCAGCUCACUUCCAAUCACUGCCAUUCGUAAUCUCGGUCUGACAUUACUCGACAAUCUCUCACCACUCAAAUCAUUAAUCAUGUCAAUAUCGAAAGGAACUUCAAACUUACAAGGUAUUGGUAAAGAAAAAUUUAAGGAAAUCCUUCAGUAUGAAAAGAAAUAUGUCAUCACCAAACCAAUUCAAAUCAUGUCUGAUAUGGAAGGUAAUAUCAAAUAA